AUGUUUCACUACCCUCCCCACCCUACAUCAAAAGAUGACCCAGAGGUGUGGGGAGUGGGGAGACACACUGAUUAUGGCAUGCUUACAGUUCUUCUCCAGGAUGAUGUAGGUGGACUUGAAGUGGAGACCAAAGAUGGACUGUGGACAGAUGUUCCCCCAGUUCCAGGCGCUCUCAUCAUUAACGUAGGAGACAUGGUAGAGAUCUGGACAAAUGGGGCUUUUAAGGCCCCUCCCCACAGGGUCAAACUGUCAGCAACUAAUCAUAGGCUUUCAGUUGCAAUGUUUUAUGAUCCAGGGUUUGAGAGUGUUAUCUCACCCAUUCCUGUUGACAAAGCUCUAAUUCCUUUAGAAAAAUCUAUGACAAAGCCCUCUUUGGCGUUUCCAAUACGCUAUGGUGAUUACGUUCUGAGUAAAUAUUGCAGCAUCUUACCAGAGAAUAAGCCAUAACAUAAAAUAUGUAACACAUGUAAAGAUACAGUUCUAGAUAAUUUGUUGCUUUUUAUAAGAAUAACUCAUGAUUUAUGAAGUAAAUGAUAGGAUUAUUAAUGCACUCUAUUGCCAAGUAUUGUAGCUACCCCAAGAGUUGAAAAAAAAAAUAGAAAAAUAUUUAAGCUGCAUUCAUUUGUAACUGUUGAUAACAGCUUGCACAGCCAUUACCAAAUUUAAAUUUGUUGAAUUUUCCCCCUCUUGGAUGAAAGAUAGGCCAUGACAGAUUUCCCUAAUCUGCUCCCAUCUAGUAUACUCUGCAAUUUAGUGUGCAUAGUGAGAGAAAAAUCAAUAAACCUUUGCAGAAAUAAAACAAAAAUAUGAAAUGACUUACGCCACUUUACACACAGGCAAAUGUUAAACCUAUAACCUGCCAGGUGGAUUUUAAGGCAAUUGAAAUAUCCAUGCAAAAUUAACCACAAGGGUUAGAAAGCAGUUUAUUUUCCCUUUGGCAGGCAUGAUUUUUGCUAGCAAGUGCUCAGUUUUUUCUUGGUUGAAAAUUAUAGCUGCAUGGUGUGGGACAAUAAGUUACUUUUCCAUUUCCCCACCCCAUCAUUCAUUCUUACUUUAACUCAAUUACAUUGCCAGUGAAAUGAACAAAUGCAAGGUUGCAACAUUAACUUAUCUUGACAUCUGCAUUGAAGGGUUAGUCAAGACCAAAAAAAUAAAUGUUUCCCUUUCCCAGCCUUUUGUAUGGUGUAGAGUAUUCAUAGGUCAAGUGAUUCCUCUCAUUGCCCUUAUUCAACUGUCUUUUAUUCAGUGAUCAAGAUAGCAUAUUUACCAUAGGAUACUGACAAUUAGUUAUUUGCAGUGCUUUCAGUAAGAUUUGAAGUAGGUAGCUAUCUCAGGUCAGGUGUCCCGCAAGGGUCACAAUUGGGACCGAUACUGUUCUUACUAUUUGUUAAUGACAUGCCUAAUGUUGUUACCAGUGCAACACUAGCUAUGUUUGCAAAUGACUCUAAAUGUUACUAACCACCAUUCUGAUUUCUUGCAUCUGCAGCAGGAUUUAGACGCACUUUCAAAUUGGUCUUUGCGUAAUGAGUUGUUUGUUCAGCCUACUAAGUACAGCAAUUUGAAAAUUUCUAGGAAGUGCCUAAGUCCUCCUUGUAGCUAUGUUUUAAAUGGUAUUAAUGCGGAGGUUGUCACAGCCGAAAAAGAUCUAGGUAUUAUGAUUGCAAAUGACACCUCUUGGAAAGAUCACUUAGUCGUGAUUGUUGCUAAAGCUAAUAGGAUGCUUGGUUUUCUCAAAAGGAACUGCCCUGGUAUUGUUGGUAGUAAGGUGCUUUUGCAUCUUUACUGCUCUUUAGUGCGCUCUCAUCUUUGUUUUUGCUCUCAGUUAUGGGCCCCUCAGUCAAGUACCAGCAAUUUAAUCCUUGUUGAAAACAUACAAAGGAGAGCUACUCAUUUUAUCUUAAGGAAUAGUAACCUAUGUUUUAAGGGUCGUCUAAUCAAGCUUAAGUUAUUACGGCUAAGUUACUGGUUAGAAUAUCUUGACUUAGUUUUCUUUUUUAAGUGCCUUCAUGGGCUUAUAGAUUUCACUCAUGAAUUUAGUUAUUAUUUUUCUUUUCUAAAGGGCAACACGCGCUGUGCUUCAUCAGGGCUGCAUUUAAAUUUAAAUGCCUGUUGUAUGUCUUCCUUUCGAGACUUUUACUUCAACAGAAUAACUUUGAUGUGGAACAGUUUACCUAAAAAUAUCAAGGAUUCAGAUACUAUAAGCUCUAUUAAAAGUAAACUCAAGUCGUUUUAUUUUACUAGAAUUUUGAAUGCUUUUGAUAGAGACAAUUUUUGUUCUUUUAAAUUAAUUUGUCCUAAGUGUCCCAGUGUAAAUACUUCUUCUGACUGUACUUGUUAAGUUAAGUUAAGUUGUUAAUUUGUAUACUUUAGAAUGUUCUGUGUGAUUUAGAUUAUUUGAAUUGUAGUUUAGUCAGAUCAGGGAAGGGAUCUUUUUUCAGGAUAUUUCUUUCCGGGAUAUUUUUUUACGGGGCUGGGUGUUGAUGUAUUAACCAAGUAGGGGACUUAUGUUCUAUUGUUAUGCACCUGUACUUGUACUUGUACAAAUCCAUUAAAUAAAUAAAAUAAAUAAAUAGACCUCUCAGUCUCCUGCUUCGAACGCUGAAUGCACUUUUUGUGAUUGCAAGUUUUUAUUUUGUUUUUGUUUUGUUCUUUGAUUUUGCGUUUUGUUGGUUAUUGAGUGAAAUUAAAGAUUUGCAGCAGUGACUUCUACCAGUUUUAUUUUCUGGAAAAACCUAAGCAUUUUUCAUUUCUGCAGAAUUGUUCAUUUACUGUUUACAAAAGAUAAUUAAAUUUAAUCAAUCAGCCAAUGAAUUUAGCUGUUUCCAAGACUCGUGUUUCACAUGAUCGUCAACAAUCAUUGUGUAGUCAUCGUGUCUACAAAGUAGCUCUUUUGAACCUUCCUUACAUCUAGAGAAAUCUAGAUCAUAGAAAUUGACGCCCAGCAAGAUGAAAGGACUACAAACAGGUGAACUAAAUUUACUUUAUGAUAUUCUUGCUUAGGUUUCAUUCAUUCAUUCAAGAAUAUCAUAAAGUAAAUUUAAUUUACAUGAGCUACUUUUUAGCAAAUGUUAAUUUCAAUGGCAAACACUUGAAGCAGAUUAUAAAGAUCAAUAUUCCACAGCACUUACUGAUCGUCCAUUGUGGAAACAGUGUUUAGACUGAUGGCCGAUGAAGAAUGGGGCAAAUAUGAAAAAAAAAGACUGGGUCGAGGAAGUCAGUGAAAAGAAAAUGGUGGCUGUUUUGAUCGUGCAGGUUGAGCAGGUAGGCUUGAGUCCCUUCCCCUAUUUUUUUUUAUUUGGUUGAUUAUUUAGGGUAGUCCACAGGGUAGUCAGCAGAGUAGUCCAUGGGGUAGUCCGCAGAGUGGGGGUCAGUGGGUAGUCCGUGGAUCGGGUGUCAAUCUUUUCAACUCUCCUGUAAAUGCCUUUUUACAGGGAGGGAAGGUCACCUUUCUUGAAAGGUCUCCCCUCCAGGAGUGUCUUCAAAGGGUACGUAUGGGGGGGGAAAAGGGUUUUACAGAGAGGCAAGGUAACAAGGUGAGAUGUGGAGUUUUUUUUUUCCAUCUCUUUCAAAUUUUUGAUCAUGAAAUACUGUUUAACUAAAGCAGGUGUAAACCCCUCCCCCCCUUACCCUCCUUCCUACUAUCUCGUAAGUACAGAUAACCUUGGGGGAAGGUGACCUCUGCUCACAAGCCUCAUUAUCUUUUCUUCAGGGUUAACUUUUUCCUUCAUUAAGCCUGUGAAAGCUAAAGAUUAGGUUAGCCCCCUAGUUGGGUCAGGUUUAAGGCUAAGAGAUCACUGUUACACUCGCUAUCACAGAGAUUGUACAUAUUUGAGCAGAGAAAUUCCACAACUUUCCAUGACUUUUUCCAUAACUUUAAAAAAAAUUCCAUGAGCUAAGUUGAGCAAGUGUGCUGAUUGGUUCACUCCAAACAACACACAAAUUUGCAUAAAUGUCAUGCAAGUUUGCAGUGUACACAAAAAUGUGCACAAGUGUAGAUCUUGCAACACACCCUAAUGUAGAGUUUAAUUCUACUGAAAUUAAAUCUUACUUUGGAUCUGCAUUGCUUGGCACUUACAGAUAACCUGCUGAUUUCCAUGACUUUCCAUGAUUUUCCAGGAACCAAACCUAAAUUCCACUACUUUCAAGGCCUGGAAAAUAAAAUAAUAAAAUUCCAUGACCUACCAUGUUUUCCACAACCCACACAAAACCAACAAUCAUAACAAAGAUAGCUUACCCCAGUAAUAAGCGUUAAGAAUUAUUUUUGGAACUAUGCUGGCCAGAGGUGACAGUCUGAACCUGGGUGAUACAAGAUAUCUUCCUGUGGUAUUGUCCAGUAUCAUCUGUGAAACCUUUCACUGACCUUUUACCUAGGAAAAGUUUGCUGUGCAAUAGAAAUACUGAAAUAUCAUUGCAAACAAUAAAAGAUCAAACCAAUAGUUGUUUAUUACCAAGUAACAACAGCCUCUGAACUCAGAAAUCAGUUUACAUUUCACCUGACGAGAUACAUAUUUUGAAAAUUCUCUUAACUACACUCAGCCAUAAGUAUUAACAGUUUAUUGCAUUUUGCAAGACCAUUAAUGUUCCAAUUAGCCACAAGAAAAGAACAGUUACAUAAAAAAAAUUGCCGGCAAGGAUCCAAAGGCAUCAAUUCAGCGAAAAAACAAAACUUUCUCAAAUUACGGUGUCGAUCUUUGGCUGAUUGAUCGGCGUCUCGUUAUCAACAUUGCGUGCGCAGAUUAAAAGACUUCAAGAAAAUAUAUUCUUUACAGUAGAAGUAAGAAGAUCCGCAUCAAAUUUCAUUCGUCAUUUUCAAAUUCUUUCAGAUUCUUCCUGUUUCGCUUGUGAAAGUCGUCAUUUGCCCAUGUGUAGAUCAAUAUUCCAGUGAUAACAGCCGGUAGCUGAUACGGUAACUGCAACUUCACUCUUCUGGCCAUGUUUGCCAUCCCUUUCGCAAUCCCAGCAAAAGCACGUUGUUCGAAUGGAGACAAGGAAUAAGUGAUGAUAUUCUUGGCAUUCGUCAGCAUCCCAAAUUUUCGACCCAUCUUGAACCAGAAGCACCCAAACAGGGAAGAUUUACCACGGGAAUGCAGUUAUAACAUCAACUCGAAACAAGCCAAUAUGGCGUUCAAAGCUCGCUAGGAAGCAUGGGAUCGUGGUCGACUUCGUCUCUGAAUAAUAUCGGAGGCUUCCGACAAGGUCCGAUUAUUGACGAUCACUGAUAUCAAUGAAUGCGGGCUCGCGGGAAGUUGUUUGCACGUCAACCAACGUCAACGGUGUUGAGUUCCGCUUUCGCGUGAUGGACCACGUCUUCCACCUGAGUCAUUUAUUUGAUUCGAGAUUCUCUGACCUUUUAAUGUAACCAAUUUACAGAUUUGCUUUUUUGAGGGCGUUUGGACCUCGACUUGCUGGCAUGCGAAGGAGGAAGAGGAGUGUAGGCGAGCGCUACCGGCUCGUUGCUCCAAAACAUGCUCAAACUGAUGAACAUCUCAAUAACAUUCACUCUAAGUACAAUCUUGGCAAUUCGAUCAAGACCACCAAGUAUUCACUAUGGUCCUUUCUUCCAAAGAAUCUAUUCGAGCAAUUUCACCGAUUUGCGAACAUUUACUUCUUGACGAUCAUAAUUUUAAAUUUGAUUCCUGAAAUUAAUGCAUUUGGGAAAUACAUCGCCAUGGUGCCUUUGAUAUUUGUUCUUUCGGUGACGGCGAUAAAAGAUUUAUAUGAAGAUCGAAGACGGUACAAAUCGGAUAAAGCGGUGAAUAAUAAUAUCUGCCAUGUUUUUAACAGGUGAGUAUCUCUAUUUUCCAAUUUUAUUUUUUGUUUUUUGCUGCUCUUGGGUUUACCCAGUUGCAUAUUUUAUCAAGUCGACGUGGACGUUCUUCAAAUCUUGUUCUUAAAAGCAAAUAUUCUAAGCUGAAGCUCCGUAUGUCUUUUAUGUUUCAUUAUUACUCUAGAAACGUGUAGAGAGUGACAUAUUGGAAACACGCUUUCAAUCUCAAGAUUUCUCUUAUGAGGUUGAUAGAUCUAAUAUACAAGAGUGCUUGAAAGAUUUAGUCUGCAACAUUCAUUACAAAGAUCUAGACUUGUGAUAAGUAAACACAUCUGCCCACACACUUAAGUAAAUUUUAAUGAGCGGAAUGAUGUUCCCCAUGACAAAGCAGGAAAGAAAACAAACUUCAAUUAACCUUCACUUUAACAUGAAGCUUUUUUUUCUCCUUGUACUUUUCCCCUGUAAUAAAUCAAAAUUGCAAAAAUAUGCUAAAUAUGUUGACCUUCAGUUGACCAAAAGAGAGUAUGGGAAGACUACAAGCGUUUAUUAAUUUUUGUAGACAUUGUGAAAUUAAUGAUGUCAGGUUAAAAAGCAAUGUUUACUGGAGGCUGAUGUGGUUCAACCACCCAAAGAUGACUGUCAAAAUAGUGUGGCACUUGAAAUAUUAUGGGGAUUUAUGAUCAUAGGGUUAACUUAUGCAAAAAAUAUUUUUUAGCUUAAGCCAAAAACUGCUGUUUACCAUUCAAACAUAAUUAUACAUUUUAAUGAUUUAGGAGAAAAAUAUUUACAGAAUCAUGUCAAAAUAAAACUUCAAAUGUUACAUCAUUAAAAGCACAGGAAAGAAAAAAGGCAAUUUCUUACAUAUUAUAAAAUAUCUCUUUUACUGGAUCUGGCAAAUUUUCUAAUUUGUGAUGUGUUGCUAAUCCAAUUUAAUCACAGGUUUUUUAUGUGAAUGGACUUAUUAGAAAUAUAUGUUUGUGUUAAAUUUGGAAUUUACAUAAUAACAGGUUAAUGUAAGUUCUGUUUCAGCCAAGUUUAACAGUGGCCUCUGACAAGCUUUCUUUUCUGGGAGUGAAAAAAAAUAUAUAUAUGUUAGAAAUAUAUCUUAGAAAUAUAUGUUUGUGUUAAAUUAGGAAUUUACAUAACAACAGGUUAAUGUAAGUUCUGUUUCAGCCAAGUUUAACAGUGGCCUCUGACAAGCUUUCUUUUCUGGGUGUGAAAAAUUUGAUAUGUUGUGUUUUUAUAAAGUAUGGUUACAGUAGUUGACUCAAAUGAAUGGUUUCAUCUUCAAAAAAUGAACUCAAACAGAAACCACAAAAAAUUACUUAAUUUAGAAUAGAAUGAUAUAAGAUGUACAUUUAUAGAUUUUUUGGACCUAGUCUAAAAAAAUCAUGACAUGUAAAAAGUUAUAUAUAAAAGCCAGAAAUUAUAGUCAAUAACUAGAACAGUAUCAGACACCAUUACCAACCAGUAUAAAUAAAAUUAUCAUAUGGCCAACAAAUUAGCAGCUGCAGACAGUAACUGUUGUUUGAGCUUCAUUAUGUCAGGUGCAAUGUGUUCUGCACCAGUUUAUAUAUUCUUUUUACAUCCUUCCUUCUGGAAAUGAAAUACACUCCAUACACUUUUUAAAAUAAUAAUUCAACUUAUUUUUUUAUAUUUUAAAGUGAGGCUAAGGAAUAUCAACCAGUCAAAUGGAAAAAGGUGGUAGUUGGAGAUUUUGUGAAGCUUAGAAGUGAUGAGAGCAUCCCAUCAGAUAUCCUUUUAAUUAACACAAGUGAUGAAAAUUCUAUUUGCCACAUUGAGACAGCUAACCUUGAUGGAGAAACCAAUCUGAAGCAAAGAGAAGUGGUGAAAGGACUUAAUCUGGUAUUUAUAGAUUUAUUUUUGAAUUGUUUUUUGCUUGAUACUGAGCUGAACAACUCUCAUAGUUGAUGGUUUCUUUUCAUUAACCUUUGAAGAAUAUGGAUACUGAUUUUAAGUUAAACAGAUAAAAUUUUCUAGAUCAGUGUAAUUUCUAUUUUGAAAUUUGCUUGAAGAAAGAAAUUAAAAUCCAUAUGGGUUUAAAAUUUUUAAACUUAAUUUUGCUUGUUUAUAAGGGUCAUUAAGUGUUCUUACAAGCACCAGCAACUUCUGUUAUCGUUAUUUUAUUUUUGUUGACAGGAAAAUUUGAGAUUUUCCCCCGAACAGUUUGAAUUUAAACUCAAGUGCGAGGAGCCAAAUAAUCACAUUCACAGAUUCCAUGGGACCUUGUAAGCAUAUUGUUUUGACAACUGCAUUUGACUUUUGUAACUGUCAUGAUGACUUCCACCAAGGUUGCAAAGAAGGCCAGUGUCAGUCACUACUUAGUCUGUUCAGUAGUACUGAUAGGAAACUAUCUGAGCACUAGACCUCUUGGUUUUUUGGUCGACACUAAGUGUGACAGCUUAUAAGCCUCCUGUUAAUAUAGUGAAAUUAUGUGUACAUCUACUGUGAAUUCGGUGGGUACUAUUGUGAGACAUCACACCAGCGGGAAAGAUGAUCAAGUUUAUAAGCUCAGCUAUCCAAGAAGAAGGAAUCAUAUUUACCUUCUUGCAUGAGCAUGAGUUAUAGAAAACAAAACUUUCUGUCACAUUAGCCUAACUUAGUAUAUUUAAGUUUAUUGGAGAUAAGAUUUCAGCAGCUGUGUUAUUUGUUGGUCUCUCUUCUGAUGUUCAGAUCCAAUAAUGAGGGAAGGGAGAUUCCUGUUGGAAAGAGCAAUCUGCUCUUGCGUGGCUGCAUUAUUCGCAAUACAGACUGGGCAGAGGGAAUGGUUGUCUAUGCAGGUAAGGAAAUGCUUUUACAUGGAAUUCAGAAUAUAAGUAUUGACAUUAAUGGGGGAAAUUUUCUUCAAUUUAAAAGAUUUCCAAACAAUUUAAUUUUUAUUUUUCUUUAAUUGCCUCUCACUAGACAUCCAUAGAUCAGAAAAAAGGGAAAUUUAAACCAUUGCACAUGUAGGCAAUUCAUAUUUGGUUUGACAUUCUGGGGAAUAGGUGCAGGACUAAAAUUUGCCCUAAAAACUCUUGAAUGUUUUACCUUGUUGUCUAAGGUAUGGGCUAUAGUUACUGUACUGUAAAAUAUAUGUGGUGGUAUGACUGACCUUCAGGGAUCAUUUUAUAAACUUUUAAACAAAAAAUGUUUUUUUUUCUAAAUUUCCCUGUUGCUGUUAGGUCAUGACACCAAAGCUCUAAUGAAUAACAGUGGUCCAAGAUACAAGCGCAGUAAAGUGGAAAGGGAUCUUAAUAAAGAUGUUGUGGCUUGUGUCCUCAUUCUCUUCAUUCUAUGUUUCCUUGGUGGUGUUGGUAAGUAAUGUGGUAAUGUAUAUCAUAGCAGACUAUGUAGAACACUGGAAAAAAAUUUCUCAGCAGUAAGCCCACUGCCACAUUUUCAAGAAGAAUAGUUGUUAGAUAUGCUUAGCAUGUGUACAAAGAAAACCCUCUGAAAUUUUUCUUGUUUCUAAUGAGUGGCUAGAACCUAGGUAGUAGGGCCCAACUAGUAUCUGGGAAGCACUGGUGAAAAUCCAGUUGACGCCCAGUUUUUUUUUUUUUUCAGACUUCCCAUCUGCAAUUGCUAAAAUUUCAGCUUACCUGCAAUGAUCAUGGCUUAAUUUGAUUUGUAGUUUCAUAAUUAAAUUUAAAAAGCUUUGUGAAUUCUCUCUCAUUUUUUGACAAUGCAUGUCUCUGUCACAGGUUGUGGGUAUUGGUCGUGGAAAAAUGGUUUCUUCAACACACACUUCACACCUGGUUUCACUGGUCCAGAUCAGCCAUUUGUGAGAAAACCAGAGAUGGAGGGUUUCAUCAGAUUCUGGACAUUUGUCAUAAUUUUGCAGGUUUGCUUGUUUUUUUAGUAGGUACAUGUACAUGACCUGUGUGAUACUUUUUUCAUGAACUGUGGUGGUUCUUUACGUGACCAUUAAACUGAAAUUGCUCCUCUUUUGUACCAGUAAUUAUAGAUACUCUAACUUGUCAUUUACAUUUACAGAGAAUAUCCCAAACAGGCAUACUUGUGCUGAACACAUUUAUUUAUCCUCAGGUCCUCAUUCCAAUCUCGCUUUAUGUUUCUAUGGAAGUUGUCAAGUUGUUCCAAGUGUAUUUCAUCUCUAAUGACCUGGAACUAUACUAUCCUGAAAUGGAUCAACCAGUCCUAUGUCGUGCACUGAACAUUAAUGAGGAUCUAGGACAGAUCAAGUAUGUCUUCUCAGACAAGACAGGAACCCUAACUGAAAACAAAAUGGUAUUCAAGAGGUGUACCAUUGGUGGAAGAAACUUUCCUCACAGGGACAAACUUGGUAAGAAUGUUGCAUGCAUAGGGUGUGUGGAAGGGAACAAUUUAAUAUGAUCAUCCUCUAUUAUUUAAACCUUUUGUUAUAAAUUGGAAUUGUUUUUUACUGGAAAAAAAUCCAUUUCCCUUUAAGGGCCACCCCUUUCCCCUCAGAAUCUUCAGGGUUAGGGUUAAGGUCAGUCCAGUCUGAGUGGGUGCUCAGUAUUUUCUUUGCAACAAUUGGGCCACCAUCUUUGAUUUUAAUGGCAGUGGUAGGCUGGGGAGAGAAAGAAACAUUUGUACCAAGGGGGUGAGCAAUGGUCAGAAAUAAGUAGAGGGAUGGGGGUGGGGGAAUGUGAAUAUUAUGUUUCCCUCCCCCCCCCCCUCACCACUGCCUCUUUCUUCAAAUCAAAUGUGGCCAGUUUAAAAGACGAUUGAGAGCUCCUGAAAGGUAACUCACUUAAUGAGAUGCCUGCACAGUUAUAAGCAAGAAACGAAAAUGCCAAUUUUUUGACAUUUCUUGAUGAAACUUUGGUUAUUUUUCAUGUUAAUGUCAGUGACAAUCUUCUUCAACCACUGUCCCUUCUCUGGAAGAAUUCUCUGAGCAGUUUGUUUCCACAUAAGCAAGAGUUUCAGUGUAUUCUUAAUUUCUUAAAUUAGCCUUCUCAUUUUUCUUACUGUGGCUAGUAGAAAGCAAUCACAUGAUUCCCAAUCAAAAAGUUAUUUUAUAAAUAACCCAGCAUUGCUCCAGUGGUUUUUUAAAUUUUUUUUUGCUCUAUAAGGGAGGUGAUGUUUAUGAUCAUUUCUGACAAGUAGAACAUGUCAUGUACUGAAAGAUUUUGUACACUUUAAUCUGGCUGAUUUUGAUGUCUGUUUCAUUGCAACAAUUAACAGAGUCAGAUGUUACAGAUGCUGCACUGUCAUCAUCAGAUGCUGAUCAAAUGUACCAUCAAAUUUCUGAGGGAUCAAAUGUAAGUGAAUUAUGAUAAAGACUUACUGAAAUUUGCUGAUCCAUGUUGCAAGGGAGCCAUUUUAAAUUUUUACAUGUAUUAAGAGAUCCUGUCAAAUUGUUCAAGAUUUCCAUAGGGAUCUUUGUCUUGUGUAGUCUUGCAAGGGUCCUCCAAUAAUGAUUUCUGUGAUCUGGCUGUUAAUGGUUUCUUAAUUUAUCCCAUUGACUCCUAAGGGUGACCAGCAUCUAACUUCUCCUUACAGUAUCAACCCUGAAUGACACAUUAAGUUCACGGGAACAAAGAAAAUCAUUACCAACUAAAUAAGCCCUGGCUUGUUAAACAAAUUCUCCCUGUCAGUAACGUAAGGAAUGUAUAGAGAACAGUAUAGAGAAUACACAAACUAAUUUUAAGGUGUAAAACAAUGAUGAGGCCAUGGCUAGCAACUAGUUACAGGUUUGUUGAUAUGAAUGUUCGUGUGUUAUUAAGAGGUUGCCUGAAUGGAAGCAUUUGCUUUCGACCAGCCUGCAAAGUCACAGGAGUUAGAAGGCAUUGCAUUUCUAUAUUUCUCAGCAAGCUCAAAACUGGUCAGCGUGGCGAACAAAAUGCUAUUUCUCAGGCAAUAACUGGCAUUUCACAGAUGUGAAUGAAAAUAUUUUGUCUGUGGUAGUAAGUUAUUCCUUCUUUCCUUCUCCAAUCCCUUAUGGCUUUCUCGUUAAAUACAACUUUCUAACAUUGCACAGAAUCUUUUGUUUGCUUAAUUUGACUGUUCCACAUUGCAGGGUGGUGAAGUUUACUGGGAUAAAGAACUUGCACAAGUAGUGGAAUCGAGCAGCAGUAGUAGCUACCACUGUGGGCCACAAAGCUCUUACUUGAGAGAGUUUUUCAUAUUACUUGCCAUAUGCAAUACUGUGGUUGUAACAAGAAAGUCUAGCGGGACUUCAAAUAACAGCGCUUCACCACCAACAGAUCAAACCGAUUUACCCCACAAUUCACAUAAUAAACACGUCCCUGUAGAUUUAGGCGAGUACAGUUCGUGGAACGAUCACCUCUGUAGGCCUGAUUAUGGAAGCACACACUCUCACUCAAGAGACUUAAGUUCUGCACAUGGCAACCUGGGUGUGUCGGUAACACCUGUGAAAACUGCUCUUGAAAGGUCAUCUAAACGGCCUAAGUGCCCCGCAUCUCUGAUGGAAGCUGCGGUGGAAGACAGUACAGCAAAUGACGAAAUUAUUUAUGAAGCAGAGUCGCCUGACGAGGCCGCACUUGUGAAAGCUGCUCACUUGUACGGCUACAAACUUUUAAGUCGUAGUCCUGAGAAAGUUACUUUGCAUAUUCCUGGCGAGGGUCCAGUGACUUACGAAAUAUUACAAGUGCUACCAUUUGAUUCUUCGCGUAAACGCAUGUCAGUUAUCGUGCGCCGUCAGGAUGACAGUAGCAUAGUGUUGUAUUGUAAAGGAGCUGAUUCAGCCGUGCUUCCAAAGCUGGAACGAGCUAAUCAACAGUUCCGAGCGGAUGAUGUUGAUGCAGGUGAAGGGUCGUGGGCGGCCAGGAGUAGCAGUAGGGGAUCGUUAGUGGAGGAGACGUCGAGUCAUUUGGAUCUUUAUGCUAGGGAUGGGCUAAGGACUCUUUGUAUGGCCAGAAGGGUGAGUGAUUUAUGAUACUACUUUGCUAAAGAUUGUAACAGUUCAAUAAAGUGUGAUUGUUGUAAUAUAAUUAAGACUGUAAAGACUACAGCGUUAUGCCUUUCAACUGUCUAAAUGACCGCGUACUGUGGGGGAAACGGCACAGAGGUCUGCAACGCAUACAGUAAAUUAAUAAUCUUCGCGAGGUUAUGGUCCAAAACACGGAACUACCCAUGUUUUGUAUUAUAUUUCGAGCGAAGUUUCGCCCCGUUGGCAACGAUGCACGCUAUACGGAUUUUCAUUCCUUGGAUUAGACUAGAAGUAAGGACUUCAAAUCGUGUGAAAACUAAUUACGCGAAAACUCCAUGGUUUCCCAACUUCGAGAGUCUCGAACCGAGUUUCGAUGGUCUCGAUACUCGACUUAAACAUCUCGAAACUCGAUUCGAGCCUCGAUCCUCGAAUUUAUUGGGUAUCGGGUAUCGAGUAUCGAGGUUCGAGAUCGAGGUUCGAGGGACUGUCAACUUACCUUUGAGCGGUACUGUAUAACACUCCUCAGUUUUGGCUAAAUGACGGAACGGUUACAGCUAACUUACAGUAACAGAACCUACCUUUACGACCGAGAGUAAGUUGUAUUUUAUCAAAAGUGUUGCACAAUUUUCUGAGGAUUGUACACCAAGAGUUAGAAUAAUAUACUGCUUUGUGACGUAAGGAUGCUCUGUUAGGUCCGCAAAAAUUAAAACUCGCAAAACUUUCAUGUUGUGCUAUAGAAAUACAUAUGGUUAAUUAGAGUCCUCAAUAUAUUUCAUUUUCAAUGCUGAGAGACCCACUGGAAUAUUGGCGCAGAGCAUAUGCACGACAGGAACUGACUGAAAAGAAAUCGUGAAGCCGUCUUUGCUAAAGCACUUAGUGUUGUAGCGAUAAUUAGACUCGGACAAAAACAUCAUAUCUACUGUUGUUUCAGGACUUAGCAACCGGCGAUUACGAGGAUUGGUUUGAACAACACCGGCAUGCUGAAACAGCUCUCCAUGACAGAGAAAGGCUCCUUCGAGAGUCAGCCCAUAGAUUAGAAUGUAACUUGGAGCUCCUUGGUGCUACUGGCAUUGAGGACCGUUUGCAAGAUGAUGUCCCUGAGACCAUCGCCAUGUUACGUGAGGCAGGCAUCAAAGUUUGGGUCCUCACAGGAGAUAAGCAGGUGAUUGAAAGAUGAAAUUAUAACCAGAUACUCUGUUAGCCCGUCUGGUCAUUGGAGCGCUUUUCAAUUGAGUAUCGUAAAAACAAAACCAGAGUAUUACAUUGGCCAAUCAGGGCAAAAUAAAACACUACAAUCAGCCAAUAAGAACUCAAAGUGAAAACGGGAAAACUACUAGAAGCGCGGGAAACGCGGGUGCGCACAUUGGUAUUGGUUUGAUUCUUGCAUCUGAUUGAGUUCCCUCAACAACACGCAGGUCCUAGUGAAGCAAAACUAAUGCAGGCGCCGUUUGCUUCCGACACCUAACUGAAAGUAUCUCAAUUUCUGGAGACCUAUGAAGUUUUGCUUUUAGCUUUUCACGCUGGUUAACUUACUCACAGAUUAACUGAUUUCUUGUUUUGUGCGUCUGUAGUAUUUGAAAUUGAAUUAACCCAAGCUGUAAUUUUAUUUAGGAAACCGCAAUUAACGUGGGAUAUUCCUGCAAACUUUUGGAAAGUGCAAUGGAAAGGAUCGUUUUGAACGCGAGAACAAAGGUAUGCUUUCCUUUUCCUAUUUGUUUAAUAGCACUUAUUUUUUAGUCCAAGAACCAAACAAAAUCGUAACUUCAUUUCUGCCGGCAGGCGGAAUGUGAAGACCAGAUCACAUCUUGGCUGGCGCAUUUUGCGCAGUCUGAAGUAAGGAGUAUUUCCAGCGACCAGUCCUCCAACACAGUGUCAGGCCGUAUCAAUGCACCCCUGAAUGACAAAGCUGUCGGACUUGUGAUUGACGGACGGACACUCAUGUUCGCGCUCGAGGAGCCUUUGAAUGAAAAGUUCUUGGACUUAGCCAGACAUUGUCAGGCGGUUCUUUGCUGUAGAGCUACUCCGUUACAAAAGGUUAGUUGUGGUAUGUAAAGUUCUAAACUUGGCUAGGGCUGAUCUUAACGAUGGUGUAAAUUCAGACAAAAGACGACACGUUGUAGAUAAUAAAAGAAACUAUUGCCUUAACCCUUUACACCCUAAGAUCAGUAUGCAUAUUCUCCAUACUGUUUUCUACACAUUUCCUAAGGUGCUGUCGAGGAGAUUUUGCUUAACAAUCAAGAGCUCUUGUACAUGCUGAUCAUCUCCUUUACACUCAGGACCUUAAUGUUUGAUCCAGGGGUCAUACUGUAAGGAGAAAUUACAGGCUUGUCACUCUCAGUGGUGAAAGGGUUAAUGUUAAGGGUUAAUGUUAUAGGUAUUUCACUCUUUCAGUUCGGCCAAUGAUUUGAACCUUGGAGUAAUAGUUGGUAGGAUAAUCUCAUCGGGAAAAAAAAAACCGUUGGAGUCUUUCAUCCAAUAACGUCGCCACGACGGCAAAACUUCCUGUAGGAUCUUUUUAGAACAAUCCGCUCUAACUGCUGAACCGAAAAAUUCUUGCUACACGAUCCACUAGAUUUGACUUUUAUUUAUAUCCCCAACUGAGCCUCGGUAUGUCUUGGUUUUUAGUCUGCAGUUGUUCAGCUGGUCAGAAAUGGACUGAAAACAAUGACGUUAGCGAUUGGUGAUGGUGCUAAUGACGUAAGCAUGAUACAAAUGGCCGACGUUGGAAUUGGAAUUUCGGGUCAAGAAGGAAUGCAGGCUGUCAUGGCAAGCGACUUCGCCAUUGGUCGAUUUAAAUUCUUAUCUCGCCUCCUAUUGGUCCAUGGUCACUGGUGCUAUGAUCGAAUCUCCAAGAUGUUUCUUUAUUUCUUCUUCAAGAAUGCUGUAAGUCAGCUAUAAAUUUGACUCUAUUUAAUUUUAGACGAUAAUGUUUUCGAUGAAUCAGAAUAACAGUUUUUAUACAGAGUGUUUUGUUUUGUAACCCUUUAACUCCCGGAAGUGAUUAACAUGCAACAUCUUCCUAUAAUAUCCAUGCAUUAUCCACCAAACAAGUGAUGAGAAUACUCCCACUUUUCAGGUAGAAGUUGUUAUCUAGCAACAAAUUCUCAUAACUAAUUUACAAGGAAAUGUGUAGCAGCUAAAGGGAGAAUUAAAAAUCAGAUCGUGAGAGUUAAUGAAUUAUGGCUGGAAAGCAGAAAUGAAAAUUUACCUAAAUCUGCAGCCAAAUAAACUAAAAUCAAUCAAUUUUAUUCGUAAUUAUUUAAUAAUCUGUCAAGCCGUUCAACUUUAAUUUGUGUGAGUUAUUAUGUACUACCAUGGAAUAAUGACAAAAGCAAAAAUGCCUGAUAGAAAUAGCGGUCUGGCAGAAACCGGUGGACGUAGGUACUUGAGGUUAUUGACUUCAGCUUGCAAUAGAGUGCUAUUCGAUUGAGUGCCGCAAAACCAAAACCAAAGUUAGAGCAACAGUCAAUCAUAGCAUGGAAACUAUCACAACGAGCCAAUCAGAAGAAAGGAAACUACCUUCAAGAACCAAUAAGAAGUCUGAGUACAAACAACCAACUGACUAAAACGCGGGAAAACGCGAGAAAACGCGGGUGACCAAGGCGUGAGUGGUUUCAGUUUUGCAUCUGAUUGGUGGAAAAGGUGGCGCGAGUUUUCUUGACCAAUCACAGAGCGAAAUAAAGCAGAAACAAAGCAAUCUCCAAUUACUUACGACAUAUUAUUUAAAAAUUGCUCUAUUUUCACUGUGCUUUUCCUUUCAGAUGUUUGUGCUCGUUCUUUUCUGGUUUCAACUUCACAACGGUUUCUCAGGCUCAAAUGCUAUCGACGACUUGUCUCUGAUUCUCUUCAAUCUCGCGUUCACAACGGUGCCUCCGGUGAUUUGUGGAGUCCUGGAUAAAGAUGUUCCCGAUCUAAUAUUGACUGCAAAUCCUUCUCUGUACAAAACAGGACAGAAGAGCAAGGUUCAGAUCAGUAGAAUACAGCUUUUUUUUUUAAAUGUAGCUGUAACCGAACUAUUCCUCGUAUUACAAAGAUCUAGUUAGACAAACCAUGUUAAGAAGCACCAGACACUCUGAGUCCCACUUUGAAGUACACGUGUGGAACGCGCUAGUCAUGUGUUAGGCGUGCUGGACUGUGGAUCGGUCUGCUUACGAGCCCCGAUUAGCGUGGUGUCUUCUUGGGCAUGGCGCAUCCCUGUCACAGUUUUUCUUCUUGCCCAAGAGUAGGAGUGGUUACGGAUGAACUUUUAGUAACAAGUGACGGUUCUUCGUCGGGAAAAAGGGGAGUGGGGGGGUAGGGUCUCCUACGAUGGACUAGUACCCGUUCACAAGGAGUUGUGAUACUCGUAGUCACCUCGUGUUAUAGUCACGUGGUUAAACUCCAUUAUUCUCGCCAAACUUUCUCUUAAAGUAUUCCUUGGCACAUAUCAUACCGUUCCUGAAGAGGUACUGAUCAGAUACGGAUUGAACAGGUUUUUGAGCCUACUCCCAAGGGCCCUUUGCCAAUCAUCAAGCAAUGUGAAAAAGGCAUUUGUUUUAAUCACGGAUUUGUUUGAAGUACUUUGUUAGUAAAGGACUGUAUUUUGAAUAAAACUUUUGGAUUUGUUUAUACCUAUAGCUUUACACAAGGAAGCUGUUUUGGACGACAAUCUUGGAUGCUUUGUAUGAAAGCUUGGUGGUGUUCUAUGUAGCUUUCUGGGUGAGUUACAUCGUAUAAUGAACCUGAAACACCAAAGGCCUAAGAGCGCUUUUUGAUUGAGCCAAAGAACCUUGGACGCUUUAAUAAGCUCAUGGUGCUAAUCUGUCUCGGGCACCGACAAGCGGGUUUGACUAAUUUACAAUUAGCCUUAGAUUUGAAUCUGACUGGUCACAAGAUCUUCUCAAUAACAAAAAGAGGUGGGAAAAAUCUUGUGCAAACCGAAUUUCUUUCUUCACUCCUUUGACUGUUGCUCCAAUCAGUGUUGAAGAACACGUGAUUUCAUAAAUCAAACCAAAAAUGACAAAUUGACUUGUCAAAUGUUUUAAUGAAAGUAAUGAAGUAUUUAAUCUCAAGAUUUCUGCUUUAAUUUCCGAUGGUAGAUUGAUUUCUCAGAUAAGAACUGUAAAUAAGGGCCAGAAGUUGAUUCAGCAAUGCGUCGACGCAUUAGAGGAUGUCAAGUGCAAUUAAUAAGUGUCACUGUUUUCAACUAUUUCCAAUUUUUAUUCAUUACAGGUGUAUAAUGGAACCGCUGCUGGCAUUCGCAUGGUUGGGGUUACCCUUCAUCAGAGUUCUGUGAUAGUUGCCAACUUGUAUUUAGCUCUGAUCACAGCUCAGUGGGUAAGGAAAACAGCGAAUAUUUCAACCGUCAUUUCUUUUUCUCCCAAGUAAUCGAACCUUUCUCAAUUUUACUUGAAGUUUCGAUUUAACGCAGUUCACCAUAUAUAUAUAAGGAAAAGAAUGCACAAGUGAAAUAUGACUUUUUUACCCCCUCUGAUUGACUAGCUCGGAAGUGACUAGCAACGCACUAUUCAACCAAGAGCAGCCGAAGUCAAACAAUGAGAGGAAGUAACGACAGAACUCAACAAAAACCUUAAACCACAGUACGGCCAAGGUUCAAACCCAGGCCCUCAAUCGGAACUUGAGCACGCUAACCGUUAGGCAAACGCAUCUCCCAGGAGAUAACUCCUCAAAUGUCUGUAAUUUUGCGGGCAACUGCAAAUCUGUCUGUUAAUGUAAGGCGUACUAACUCAUGUCGUGGCAUUUUACCCGCAGACAAUUCUACAUCAUGUGUUCCUAUGGGGUAGUAUCGGUACCUCAUUCGUGUGGUUCGCUGUCUUUGGCGAAAUUAGAGGCGUCUUUUGGGAGAUGUAUAAAGUACCAUUCGUAACCAUGGCAACCAGGGAAUUCUGGGCUGUUUGCGCUUUAAGUGCGGUUGCUGCUCUGCUUCCAAGGUAUUGUUGAAUGUUAUCCGAUGUAAGUUUAGUUCUCAGUUAGUAAUCGGGCGAAUGAUUUCAAACUGGCCAAGCGCGUAGCGCAAGGUUCAUUUGAAAUUAGGAGCACGAUGACACCUGACACGAAGUCCGAUUACCAAUUAAUGUCGGCAGAACAACAAAAUGCGAGAGGCUCAAGAAUGAAACAUGUAAUUUUAAGGGCUUGUACGCUUCUUAUGGAUAACUGAUCAGCUAAAGUUCAAUUUUCUAAAGUUGAUUUUCAAUCCAAACCUGUCAACGCGCUCAUCUAAGAAGUUUUCCUUUAUUCUGAUUGAUCAGCGAAGGGUUGGAAGGUGAAAUUCAUUGAUUGAUAGUUUAUAGUGCUUCAUCAUUUUUCGCAUAGGUAAUCACAUAAUUUCGAGUGCAAUUUGUGGUCUUUGGAAAAAUUUACAAGUGCUUAUUUAUUCCAAAUUGCACGAGGAAAAUCAUAUGAUUUCCUAUCAAUAAUAAACAUGAAAAAAAACGAGAUAACUUAUCAUAAUUAUGCAGAGACAAGGCGCGCGCAUCAAGUGCAAAAAUAGUGUAUUCAAACCCUGCAAGUGACAUUGUGCGUUCUGUCAAAACAACUGCGUACGAUCAAAACAAUAAUAUACAAUGAUAUUUUCACAUCUUUAAGGCGCAAAAAAGUCGAUAGUCCGGCUAAACAGUUCAAGGAAUUGUUCAGUCUGGUUUGUUACUUCCUUGCAUUGAUUUAACCCUCUUCUGCAUUGAAUAACAUGAAAACUGCUUUUAUCUGAACCAAUCAGAACUGAGUAAUUUUUCAUGUAUCUUAUUAACUGCUUAACUGUCCGAUUUGGCUUUUUACUUUUUAAUAUUUUUUUUCCUAUUUUCAGGGUGGUAAUUUUCGUGUUUCGGCACACGAUUUGGCCCACAGAGAUCAACAAAGCUCAGCUGGAGUCAAAACAAAGGGAGGAGACAUUGGAGAGUAGAACAACGUCCGUGGACCAAAGUCCUGAAAUAGAGAGAACACCUAUAUCAGUUUAAGUGUAACGCAGCCCAGGCGAUAUACUUCGGUGAUGUUCUCUGUUCUUUUCUCCUGUUAAGUGCUGUUGGGAAUAGUUACCAGGUCUUUGCAACUUGAGUCGAUCAAGAGAACAGUAUAAGCGAUUUUAUCUCCUUUAUGUAUGCCGUCAUAUUAAUAAUUUUAACUCCUGGAGGUAUCCAUUAACUGACGAGAAUGACAAUUUUCGAAUGUGCAACUAAACAACAAAAAUGGUUUCGAAUGGGUUGCAAACCUAUCGAGCUAUUUCUAAGACUGGAACAUGUAUCACAGGAUGAAGCGCGACCUAUUCUGAAACCGACAUCGUUUGCACUCGACGUUUCCAAAAUGGCUUGAUAACUUAAGUACUGUAAAUUUUAUCCUGAUAUCCACAGAAGAGUACAUUAAAUAAAUAUAUUUUGCGGAUUUUGGGUUCAUCUCUACUUGAUCGUUGCAUGGAGACCC